GACUCACCUGUGGGGUGAAAUACAUUUUUAGCCCUCUCUUUCAUCACCUUUAGGAUUGAUUGUGACUUCUAUCUGGGAUUUUUCCUCUUUUUUCCAGCUUGAUUGGCUGCUCCUCUGUGUGCGUUCAAGGCUUUUCGUUUCCCCUACUGUCCUUUCUCCUUCUCCCCCUUAUCUUCCUUUGUUCCCCGUCUCCUUGUGUGUGGUUUUGGGGCUAUGCUGUCCUCACCCACAGUGAUCCUCCAGCCUUAUGGACUCUCCGUCUACCCACAGACAACCACAUGCUACCCCAGCAUAGUUCAGGGGGGCCCCGCUCAGGAGGCGGGCCCCAGUGGCGGGGACCCCACCCUUCCUCAGGUUUAUGCUCCGCCCCCAUCGUACCCACCACCAGGUCAAUGCCCGGCUACAUCAGCGGGCAGACUGGCCACACUGGAUUUCAGCUCUGCUCAUCACAGCGCAGAAUACCCCGAACACCCCCAGCUCCGAGUCUAUCAGGGGUCCCAGCACGAGGGGCCCGAGGCACUGGGCUCCAGUAACACGGAGGAUGCUUUGGCUCCUGUGACUUCUGACCCCCAGUCGCUCAGCUUGCCGGGGUCAUCGGGGGCCGGAGCAGGAAGUGGAAGUGAGGAGGAGAGCUCAGGAAAUGCCCAACCGAAACGCCUCCACGUCUCCAACAUCCCUUUCCGCUUCAGAGACCCGGACCUCCGCCAGAUGUUUGGGCAAUUUGGCAAGAUCCUUGAUGUGGAAAUUAUCUUCAAUGAACGAGGGUCAAAGGGCUUUGGAUUUGUCACUUUCGAGAGUGCUAGUGAGGCAGACCGAGCGAGAGAAAAGCUGAACGGGACGAUUGUGGAAGGGAGAAAAAUUGAGGUUAAUAAUGCCACGGCAAGAGUAGUUACCAAGAAGCCUCAGACGCCUCUUAUAAACGGGGAACUUUCAACUUCUGGAUGGAAGAUCAACCCUGUAAUGGGGGCGAUGUAUGCACCUGAACUCUAUACAGUUGCCAGUUUUCCUUAUCCAGUAGCAACUCCCACCUUGGCCUAUCGGGGCUCUGCACUGCGGGGCCGGGGCCGAGCCGUCUACAACACGAUUCGCUCCGCAGCGGCUACUCCUGCUGCUGCUGUGCCCGCCUACCCCGGCCUUGUAUAUCAGGAUGGACUGUACGGAGCAGAGGUCUAUGGCGGCUAUCCUGCAGCUUACAGAGUGGCUCAGUCAGCAUCUGCUGCCACAGCAGCCUACAGUGACGGAUAUGGCCGAGUUUACGCCACAGCUGCUGACCCGUAUCACCACUCAGUUGGACCAGCGACAACAUAUGGAGUUGGUACAAUGGCAAGUUUGUACAGAGGAGGGUAUAAUCGCUUUACCCCGUACUGAGAAUGGAGGUCCUGAACUCUGGACCUGAACAGGUUUUGAUAUCUUAAACCUUUUAAAAAAAAAAAAAAAGUGGAAAAGUUGAGUCUCCAUCACUUCACCUUCAGAGACAACCCAGCUGUUAUUUUAAAUGCUGUAUUUAUCUGCUGGACAAGAGGAUGUUAGGUAAUUUAUAAACAGUUGCUUAAAGCCUUUGAGUUUUUUUGUAAAUUCAUUAAAGGGAUCUCCAACUAGUUGGAACAAUGCACCUUAUUUGAUAAGCUAUUACUUCAGCUGUAAAGAGUAGAUCGUAAAAAUACUGUAGGCUCUUUUUUAUUUUUACUGACACGUGAACGUUGACAUGUUAUUUACACUGCACUGCAUCCAUCCAUCCAUUAUCUUUACCUGCUUCUUCCUUUUCGGGUCACGGGGGUCACUGGUGCCCAUCCAUCACGGUGAGAGGUGGGAUACAGCUGGGACAGGUCACAAGUCCAUCACAGGGACACAUAGAGACAAAU